ACAAUGCGCCUGCAUCUCGCGCUCCCGCGCCUAUCCCGGGAACGUCUGGGCCGCCGUGCGCGAGCGAGGGAGGGAGCGCGCGUGCAGUGGGGCGCGCUCUUGCGUGCGGGCCGCGCGCUCGGUGGCGCGCAUGUGCAUGUUUGCGGGCUGCCGGGCUGCCCGGAGCCGGCGGGGAGCCGGUCCGCUCCAGGUGGUGGGCGGCCGGAGCGAGGGAGCGGACAUGGACUUCGACUCGUACCAGCACUAUUUCUACGACUAUGACUGCGGGGAGGAUUUCUACCGCUCCACGGCGCCCAGCGAGGACAUCUGGAAGAAAUUCGAGCUGGUGCCAUCACCCCCCACAUCGCCGCCCUGGGGCUUGGGUCCUGGCGCCGGGGACCUGGUCCCUGGAAUUGGUUCCCCGGAGCUGUGGCCCGGAGGGGGCGCCGGAGACGAGGUAGAAUCCCGGGGUCACUCGAAAGCUUGGGGCAGGAACUACGCUUCCAUCAUCCGCCGUGACUGCAUGUGGAGCGGCUUCUCCGCCCGGGAACGGCUGGAGAGAGCGGUGAGCGACCGGCUCGCCGCUGGCGCGCCGCGGGGGAACCCGCCCAAGACGGCCGCCGCCCCGGACUGCGCUCCCAGCCUCGAAGCCGGGAACCCGGCGCCCGCUGCCCCCUGUCCGCUGGGCGAGCCCAAGACCCAGACCUGUUCGGGGUCCGAGAGCCCAAGUGACUCGGAGGGUGAAGAAAUUGAUGUUGUGACAGUGGAGAAGAGACAGUCCCUGGGUGUACGGAAGCCGGUCACCAUCACAGUGCGAGCAGACCCUUUGGACCCCUGCAUGAAACACUUCCACAUCUCCAUCCACCAGCAACAGCACAACUAUGCUGCCCGUUUUCCUCCAGAAAGCUGCUCCCAAGGAGGGGCUUCAGAGAGCAGUCCCCAAGAAGAGGCUCUGGAGAGAGACACUCCGGAGGAAAAGGAAGAUGAGGCAGACGAAGAGAUUGUGAGCCCCCCACCUGUAGAAAGUGAGGCUCCCCAGUCCGGCCACCCCAAACCUGUCAGUUCUGACGCUGAGGAUGUGACCAAGAGGAAGAACCACAACUUCCUGGAGCGGAAAAGGCGGAAUGACCUCCGUUCGAGGUUCUUGGCCCUGAGGGACCAGGUACCCACUCUGGCCAGCUGCUCCAAGGCCCCCAAAGUGGUGAUCUUGAGUAAGGCCUUGGAAUACUUGCAAGCUCUGGUGGGGGCCGAGAAGAGGAUGGCUACAGAGAAAAGGCAGCUCCGAUGCCGGCAGCAGCAACUGCAGAAAAGAAUUGCAUACCUCAGUGGCUACUAACUGACCAAAAAGCCUGACUGCUCUCUGUCUUAUAAAGACUUGAGUUUAUUUUUUAAUCUUCCCUCUCCCCUUUAGUAAUUUGCACAUUUUGGUUAUGGUGGGACAGUCUGGACAGCAGAUUCCAGGACGCAUUACAGCCGGUGCACACACAAUAAGGGCUUGCAUUCUUGGAAACCUUGAAACCCAGCUCUCCCUCUUCCCUGACUCAUGGGAGCACUGUGUCUUCUCUGGCGCCUCUGGCUUCUCAGGCAGUCAGCUGACUGAGGAGCCUUGGGGUCUGCGUAGCUCACUAGCUCCGAAGAAAAGCCUGACAGAUGCUAUGCAACAGGUGGUGGACGUUGUCGGGGGGCUCCAGCCUGCAUGAAAUCUCACACUCCGGAUGAGCUUUAGGCUGGGAAAGGAUGCUCCCACUGGUGUCUCUGGGGUGAUGCUAGGACAGCUGGACCUGGAUGCUCUCCCUGAGGCUCCUUUUUCCAGGAGACACACGAGCUGUCUUGGGUGAAGACAAGCUCACAGAUUUGAUCAACAUGGACCAUUACCUCACUGUCAGACACUUUACAGUAGGUGAGAAGUUGGAAAUCUUUAAUAUAUAUCUUACGAUGUUAGAUGACACCCCCUCCUCCCACUCUCAAUGCUGCGACCUUGAGAACAUUUAAAGAGCUUGGGCUCUAGAUUUUGUCUCAAAGCCCUCUGGGCCCUUUCCUCUAAGGGAGAGACCAUUCUGUCCUCCUAAGGGACUUUUUUGUUUCUUUCUGCCUUUGUUAUGCAAUGGGCCCUACAGCACCUCUUUCCCACAGGUCAGAAAUAUUUCCCCAAGACACAGGGAAAUGGGUCCUAGCCUGCGGCCUGAGGAAGCCUUGGAGUCCUGGCCGUGAACCAUUCCCUGCCCAGGUGUUUUCCAUCCUGGAAUCUUUUCUCAAGGCAGAUGUCAGGCACCUCAGGAGGGAGAACUGUACCACUUCCUCUUUCCCACCUCCUCAUCUCAAUCCCUGACUGAUAAGUUUGAAGUUCUACUAGAACCAUGCAAAUCUGUCCUCAUGCAACUCCAAGGAACUUGCUGGCUCAGCAGCCACCUUUGGGCCCCCUGCCAGCCUAACAUGAGUCAGAUCCCUUUCUCAGAAUCUGGGCCUCACUGAAGUUCUUACUGGGAGAGCUGCCGGGACUCAUCCAUCCAGUGUUCCAGAAGGUGGACUAGCUUCCGGGUGGGUUUGUUGUUGUUUUUUUUUUUUUUUUGGUGAGGAGAUCAGCCCUGUGCUAACAUCUGCCAACCCUCCUCUUUUUUUGCUGAGGAAGACUGGCCCUGGGCUAACAUCCAUGCCCAUCUUCCUCCACUUUAUAUGGGACGCCACCACAGCAUGGCUUGCCAAGCAGUGCGUCGGUGGGCGCCGGGGAUCUGAACUGGCGAACCCUGGGCUGCCGCAGCGGAGCGCGCGCUCUUAACCGCUUGCGCCACUGGGCCGGCCCCCCCGGGUGAGUUUUAAAGGAGGUUCCAGUAGUUCUGCUUAGUGGCCUGUGAUGGAUUUUGACCCAGCUAGACUCGGCACCUCCAAGUGGAUUCCAGGUGCAGCCUCCAGUCUUAGAGAGGCACCCAACCCGACAGGUGUCAUGUGCGCAACCUCAGGGCAACCUAAGCCUGGCCUGGAAGAAGGACCAACCCCUCCAGAACUCUGCCCAAGGCAGCAGGUGCCUGCUGGCUGUGAGUUUGAAAGUUGGGGUUGGGGGGGAUGGUAGAGUACUGUAUGUGGCUCUGGAAAGCCAGCUGCUACUUCCAAACCUAUUAUGCACGAUGGUCUGUUCUGAGGUUGCUUCCUGGCCUCAGAGAACCCCAGUGGAAGUUUGGAAAAAGCCCCUCUACCUUCUGGAGCAUGGUUUUCAGGAGCCAACUGACUUCUGGAACUGUCUUUGGAAAACAGGUGGGAUGUAGGUUACUGAUGUCUCACCUGAAGAGCUUGUGUUUUAUAAGCUGCUGUUGGGUAUUAUGCUGAGAGCGGUCUUUUUUUUUUUUUUCUUUUUUAUACUGUAUUUUUGUAUGCCUUUUGCAAAGUGGCGUUGUUUUUGUACAAGAAAAAACUCUUGGGCAAUUCUCCUGUUGCAAGAGUCUGAUUUAUUUUGAAAGGCAAGUUUACCUGAAAUUUUGUAUUUCCUUGUGAUUAUUGAUUGCCUGAUUUUAAAAUGUUGCCUUCUGGGACAUCUAAUAAAAGAUUUCUCAAAUAUG